UUUUAAUAUCCCCUCCUCUUCCUCCUUUUUCUCCUCCUCCUCCUCCUUCCUCUCUCUCUCUCUCUCUCUCUCUCUCUCUCUCUUAAGACAGAGUUUGUUUGUGCAGCCUUGGAUGUCUUGGAACUCACUCUGUAGACCAGGCUGGCAUUGAUUUGAACUCAGUGAUCCACCUGCCUCUGUUUUGUUGAGUGAUUGGAUUAAAGGCAUGCACCACCACUGCCUGACACUGAUGACAUUCUUUAUUAAUAAGUCUUAAGUUAUAUAAAACUCAGGCAGUUGUUGGAAAUAAGCCAAUGAGUUUAAAGGUUAAAAAAAAAGGAAGUAGAUGAAUAAAUUUUUGGUGGCUAAAUAGAAAGAAAGUACUGUACAGUCUUCUUUAGAAGUUCAGCUAGCAAAGAAGAUAUUGUGACUGUUAGUGAAACUUUCACCAGCAAAUUCAAUGCAGUUUUCACUCCAAUGCAUUCUCCUUCAUUUAAUGCUUCCUCUCUGCCCACAAGAAUCAGAGUCAUUGUUGAUGAUAAAACAUAACAAUUACGAGACUGCAGUCGUUGGAGGAAACGUGACCAUCUUCUGCAACUUGACAAGUCUGGCAAAUGUUGAGCAAAUCACCUGGCAGAAAAUCCAAGGCUCUUUGCCUCAAAAUAUUGGCACUUAUAGCCACAAAUACGGGGAAAAGAUCCUCCCACCAUAUGAAAACAGGCUGCACUGCAAGAUCCUGGAACCCAGCGCCUCCUUCAUAACUAUCCAGGAAGUGACAUUUGAAGAUGAAGCCUGCUACAAGUGUCUUAUGAACACUUUUCCACAUGGCAGUCAUGGAGGACAAACCUGCCUUAACAUUUUAACUGUAUCUGAGUUAGUAACUGAACUCCAAUCUGUUCCUGGCUCUGAAGAUCUUCAUAACCAUCACUGUUCAGCUGUGGGAAAACCUGCCCCUGGAAUCUCAAUUCACCCUUCAGGAGUCAUAGUGUCCACAGAAGAGUACACUCUUCAGAACCUCAAUACCACAGUGAUUGUCACUAAAAGCUACAACAUCUCUUUGAAAACUGUGAUGUCCUUGGGUCUCCGGAACCUGGUUGUGUCUAUGACUCACCCCGUAAGACAUGAAGAGAAGAUAGUUCCUCUGCCAGUACACCAAGAAA